AUGACACGCUCCUCGCGACCUCUCCUUUCCCCGCUCCACACAUUCUCGCCGCUCCGCCACUCCUCACCCCGCCUCGCAACCCUCCUCCUCCUCGUCGUCGUUUCGCUCCACUCGUCUCUCCUCCGCGCGCCGCUCUCCGCGCUCGCGCUCUCGCAAGACGCCAUCGGCAGCAUCAUCGCGGACAGCAUCUCCUUCGACGGAAUCGGGCCGGGGGAGGACUUCGGCGACUACGAGGAGCGCUACGGCGUGAGCGACGAGGACGAUUAUACCGCGGAUGCGGAGGGAGACGGCGCGGGGAUGGGCAUGGAGGGGGUGUCGAUGGAGUGGGACGAGGAGCAGCCAGAGGCAGCGAUUCAUGGCGUGCUUGACGUCGGCGAUGUGACUCUUCCCAAGCUCGCUGACGGCCGCCAGAAGCUGCUGCUGCUCUUCUACGCGCCGUGGGACAGAUUCAGCAAGGUGCGGUGUGGUGCGAGGGGCAGAAGGGUGGUGCAAUUGGGCAGGGGGGGUGGGGGUGGGAACCGUUUGGAGCCAUUGUUGAACGUGCCACGCUCCUUCCUCCCUUCCGUCUCACCCUCUGAUCACCCUCUAACUGUGUGGCUCUGGCUGUGCCAUGUGGUCCGUGUGUGUGGUGCGCAUCAGGAGAUGGUGGUCAUAUACAAGGACGUCGCCACGUCGCUCGCAACCCACACCGAUGUGUUGCUCGCCAAGGUGGAUGGCGAUAGGUACUGGAAGCUCUCAUCCCGAUACGACGCCGCCUCGUAUCCUCACCUGGUCUACUUCGACCAAGAAAACAAGAUGGGGAUCAGCUAUGAGGGUGAGAGGACAGCGGAUGCGAUAGUGAGCUACGUGCUUCACGGCGAACGGCGUGGUCCUCGGUUGGCCGCCCUGCAAGCAGUAGUGCAGGCGUUUCGAGCGGGCAGCAGUGGGGAGCAGCGGGAGGCAGCCAUUGCAAAGGCUGAAGCACUCGUGGCUGGGAUGAGCGCGGCUGACAAAGAUGUGGGUCUGCUGUAUAUCAAGGCCAUGAAGGCUGCCGUGGCAUUUGGGGAAGACUUUCUGCAAAAGGAGGCUCGUCGGCUAGAGAGCUCUUUAGAAGGAGGUGGUUUGCCACCGUCCACCUACACCAAGUUCCGCCAGCAGAUUGACAUCGCCAAGGAGUUGGACCCAACAGCUGCACAUGAGUAG